GGUUAUCGCGCGGUGCAAAUACGCCUGAAAAGUCUUUCGUCGAUCGAUGCGAACGUAACUUCAAGCAUGUUUUCUGCGCAGGGGAGGAGAGGGAGACAGACAAACAGAGAGAGAGAGAGAGAGAAUUGGAAGGAGGUAUAAAACAGAAGAGAGUCACAUAGAAAAACGCACGUUUUGCUCGAUUUCGGCUAACAGGGUCGGGCCGGCAAUUUUCCUAACUAUGUGCUCAUCCGUGAUCGCCCCCCGUAAUGUUUUACCCGCUUAGUAUCUCGCCGUUUCGGUUGCCGCGUUUUUGCCCGAAGCUGCACAGGAAGCGGUGGAACGAUGGCUGAAUUGCUCAGCCUACAUUGUAAUCCUAUCAGAUAACUUGCGAGACACAUGGCUGACGAAACACCACCCCAUUACCGUGCGUCGUGUGCGGAAGAUAACGACGAGAUCGAGGGCCUUAACGAGAAGCUCAUACAACUGUUGUCCGAACAAAAGCACCUGCUACCGGCAGCCAACAGUUCGCUGUGCGACAGUAUACUGGAAAACGACGGCGACCCCAAGGCAUCCACUUCUCUGUCGUUCGGUCAUUGCAGACAUGACUGCUCCGUUCUCUGUCACGACAGUCCAUCUAAGGUGCCGAGCAUGUCGAAUUCUCUUCCACCCAUUGGCGUAUUUUGGGACAUUGAGAAUUGUCAGGUUCCUAAAGGUAGAUCCGCCAUAGCGGUCACGCAGCUAAUUAGAGACAAAUUUUUUAGUGGCUAUAGAGAGGCGGAGUUUAUCGUGGUGUGCGACGUUCAGAAGGAGAAUAGCCAAAUCAUACAGGAACUGAAUGACGCUCAGGUUAAUUUAAUACACGUGGCGGCUACGUGUAAGAACGCCGCGGACGAGAAGCUUAAGCAGACCAUUAGAAGGUUCGCUGACAUCCACGGCAGCCCGGCAGCCAUAAUCUUAAUAUCCGGCGACAUUAAUUUUGCCGCUGAUCUCAGUGAUCUACGUCAUAGAAAGAAGAUUUAUGUGAUACUGCUACACAAAAAGAAUACCUCAGAAGCGUUAAUAUUAUGCGCCAAUGAACAUUAUGAUUUUAUGGAGCUCACGGAAUCAUUGCCGUCCAGACCUCCACCAAAGAAUAAUGAAUCCAUUGAUCUUCUAAUUAGUAACCUUCCCGAUGAUGUGGAUGUUAAUGUCAUUAAGCGUCGUCUUAAGCAAUUGUCCGAAAAUUGCGGCGGUCGAGUGAUGGAUGUCCAGUCAAAUGCUGCCAUUGUACGCUUUACGUCGAACAGUUCUGCAGAAAGCUUGCUCGUUUGUUCCGUAUAUUGUUACUCUGAUUUGAAUGACCCGCCCGUGCCUCGUGCGAAUCAGCCUUUCGCAUUCUCCGUUCUACCAUUGGAUCGGGCUCAGAAACGUAUGGAAGGAGAAUAUGUUUUCGGGUCGAAAAUAUUUGUAAGAUACCUCGGCAAGGAGAAAGGAAGUGUAAUCGCUAAAAAUCUAGGAAGUGCCAUAAGUGCUGCUCGAAGUAGAGCAGUUAGUGAAUCAGAAAUUGUUGCUGACUCUAAGCAAAGUAGCUCCAAGCAAAUGUAUGCUGCGAGUGCCUCUGUACUAGGGACAAGGACCCUCCAAUUUCCGCAUUAUCAGUCCUCGUCAUCCGUAGUGGGCGGCUAUCCCGCUUUCAAUCCCCAUUGCGCACCCAUCAAUGGCCCGCCGACGGGGAUGAUACAAGCUCCGUUUCUUUUGGGGAGGUCGUACUCGAAUAGCGGCGACGUAGCUUUCAAUAGAACAUACAAUGACCUUACCAGGGUGCAAUCGCCCAAUUUAAUUUGGUCAAUUCCGGGACCUCAACAAUAUGGCCACAUGUGGGAAGAACAAUACAAAACGGAAAAGUCGAAGAUAUUAGGUAAACGAGCUCACAUCCCGCAGGUUCGGGACAAUAAUGUUGCCGUUACCACAACUGCUCGUACACCUGAAGGCCUCCGGCGCAUCAGGGGUACACACGGUACAUUUCUUCAUGCUUCCGAAUGGUUUGGAGGACGGCAGUCCUACAAUUCAUUAGCUGUUCCACUUAAUUAUAAUGUGCAACCCAAUUCUUUCAAACGGCGCAGCCCGUCCCCGUUGUACGAUGCACCGACUAGAGAGAAGAGCUCGUGGCAUGGCCAGCAGGUACAAGUAAACAAUCAACAGCAGAUUUCGACACGAAAUAAUAAAACACCAUCGCCUUACGAAAAUAAUAUGUUGCAAGGAACAGGACAACACAAUCAAACCUCGCGGUCGCAUUUGAGUGAUGCAGAGAACGAAGAAGUAGAGAAAUUCUUUAAUCCUAUAAACAAUCGCGUCGGAUCUAGCAUCAAUAGUGGCGCUAAUAUACCCAUCGAAUUGCAAGUAACAAAUUUAGAUCAAAACAUCGAUAUGAAAGACAUGAAGCGAAUUCUUACAUCUGUGUUCAUGGAGCACAUCUCGAGCUGUCAUAUUUCUGUAUUUAUGCAAUCGGACGGUAAUUACGCCGCUAGUGUCAAAGUACCCUCGCUGUCAGACGCACAGUAUGCAAUUUCGCAGUUACACCGUCGUAAAAUCGGCUACAAGCGCAUUUUGAUAUCUUACGCCCACAUCGGUGGACCAAAUCUGCAACUUAUCCGAGCGCAGAUCGUAAUGCUCUUGCAAGAGGUCCCGGGACAUAAACUGCCGCUGUUCAAAUUCCGCGAGAUGUACGAGAGCCGGUUUAUGAUCUCUAUAAGCGUGUCGGAACUCUACAAGAUGAGAGACGUGUGCAUAAUCGCCGAAGAUCCGAGCGGUAGAAUGGUCUCGCUCAAUCCGGAUCAUAGAAACACGCCAUCGCCGUGCUUUAGUAACACCAUACAGGAUGGGCAAGUCAAGUUGCCAUAUUGCACUAUGCACACCUCGAAACCGUUGUCCGACAAAGGCUGGGCGGAACAAGAAAUGGCAUCCUUGCCCAACGUAAAGAUCGCCUUGAAGCUUCUCGAGUCUCGUAUGCAACAAUUGUUAGCGUCGCACAACGGCAUCCUACCGUUGCCCAGUCUGCCGAACUGUUAUGAGGCUGAAUUCAAAGAACAGUUGGAAAUCAUAGAAAGUGGUGUACCUUUGGAACACCUGGUCUCGUGUCUAUCGUGUGUCGAAUUAAAACAAGAUACCGGCAGCGUAAAGUUUAUUAUGUGGAUAGGGAGGAAAGAUCAUGAGAAUAAUCACGAUGAAACUAAGUGCGUGAGUCCGCCGCUCGCGAAUCAGCUAGCCCUUUUCAGCCGCGAACUGGUCGAUCUUCUGAAAACCGCUCCGCACUGCCAGUUACCCUUCAAUCGAUUUAUACCAGCGUACCACCAUCACUUCGGGCGACAGUGCAGAGUCGCCGAUUACGGGUUCACUAAACUGAUAGAUCUGCUGGAGGCGCUUACGCCCACUGUUCAAGUGAUGGGAGAGGGCAAUAAGCGCGUGGUUACGCUAUCGCAUCGUGCUCAAGUACGUAGAUUCACCUCGGAUCUACUACGCGUGCUGAAGUCGAAAGCGAGCAAACAAGUGACGCUUUCCGAGUUCCCGGGCGUUUACGCUCGAGUGAUAGCAAAACCCUGGGAUAUCGUGGACUACGGUGUAUGCGAUAUUGAAGAUAUUCUCGGUGAGGUGUCCGAGAACACGGUUGUCGUGACUCCUAUAGAAGGCGGCGAUAAAAUGAUAGCCAUCCCUAAACGCGAGCAGACUGUCGAAGAGAUCGAGCGAACGAAACUGUUCGCCAAAGAGGUGGUCGAGUUACUGCAACACGCGCCGCAAUGCAAGAUGCUGUUCAACAAGUUUGUACCAUCCUAUCAUCAUCACUUCGGCCAUCAAUGCCGCGUGUCGGAUUACGGAUUCACCAAGUUGAUCGAGCUGUUCGAAGCGAUCCCGGACGUAGUCAAGAUCGAGGAGGUAAACGGAGGCGAGAGACAGAUAUCCUUGACCGAAAAAGAAGGUCUUAAGGUCCUCUGCGAGCACAUAUCAAAGUUGGUGAUGCGCACCAGAAGCGGCCUAAGCAUUUCGAGCAUCGCGCAGAUGUUCCAGCAUCAAUUCGGCUACGCGCUACGUCCCGAGAUGUACAGCUGCAGUUCGAUGUUGCAGCUUAUGCAAAAGCUCAACGACACCAUUCAGGUCAUAGAUUUGGCUACAGGACCGGCUAUCAUCACAAUAGACAAGUCACAUUUGCAGCAAACAACCCUCCAAUGCCGGCGUGUGUUGAUGGAUCAGCCCCAAUAUAGGAUGCUUGUCAGAGAAUUCGUACAGCAACACGCUCAGUAUUAUAUGAAGCAAUGUAAUCUAGAUGAGUUUAAAAAAGAUCUAACACACGUUGUUCGGUUCACAGUGAUAAACGGCGAACAGUUUAUCGAGCUGACACCAUUGCAUCGCUUCGCCUGUGACCUUCAUCGCGUAAUGAUGAAUUACGGUGGUACAUUAAACUUAUCGCAGUUUGAGGCGUCAUACUUAAAUAUCAUAGGCUCACCUUGUAAACCCGCACAGUAUGGUUUCCCAACGGUAACCGCACUUUUACAAGCCUUGCCUUGCACCGUAACGAUAAAGGAGACAAGAAAGAAGGAACCGAUUAUCUAUUUGAAUAAAAAGUUAGCCGCUACCGCCGGUAUACGUUUGACAUCAGUAUACAAGCCGAUGCAGUCUUAUCACGACACGGAUUCCAGCAACGAUUCGUUCGAGAGCGAUUCCUCCUGUCGCGCGAACAUCCCUGGUACUCUGAACAUGAUGGACGAUCACGAGAAGUGGAUCGAUCAAUUGACAAGUAUUAACUCUUGGAAAGUGAAGAACGAUAAGGAUCUGUGGCCGGAGACUCACACAGAUAAGCAUUGGAAGAACUUGCCGAGUUCGGACGAGUGCUCGAUCAACUGGGCGAUGCCAAAGAGCGGCGGUGAAAGCUUCCUCAGCAGCUUGAUGCGCACACCGAUAAUGCAACGUAAUUUCCCGCCCAAGCCCGACUCCCCGCCCGAGGACAUCGUGUGCAAGGAAGAACACUGGAAAUCAUCGCUGUGGUCCCCGACAAAGUUUACGUAUCCGCAAGAUGAACAUUCCACGAAUGUACAGGUUCCCCCGCUGACCCUGCCAAGCUGGAAUCAGAUUCUGUCCAACGACGAUAUAUCGAACUUGUUGUCACCAACGAAAAAUCUAUUGCCCGCUGCUGCCAAUCCCUUGUAUCCGCCCACCUCUCCUUACUAUCACAAGCCUGUCGUUGCACCACAUCCGUCGGAAUUGCCGCUUCCUUCUCUGUCGUUGACACCCAAGAAGAAGAUAUUGGCAGAUAAUCAGAAGAAGACUGCCAGCAACGCGAGGAUGCAAUUCAAUCUUGCAAGUUCCGAAAGCGAAGACAACAUUAUCGACGAUGACGAAAGCAGCGAUAAUCAUAGCACUUCUAGUAAACUCUUUAAAGGCAAGAGACGUCUGGCGGCCCAGUUCAACCAGCCGAUCGAGCCGUAAGUAGAGAAAUACGCAAAGAAAGGGAGACGUUAAAAAGUGAUAAACUCAGGAUCAAAAUCAGAUUGUGUUUAAUCGAUUUCUUCAUGGGGAUAACAAGAAACUAUGGACUUGAACGGACUUCGAUAGACCGCCUCCUAAACUGAAUUAAAUUACCUAUACACUGUUCCAUGAAUGGUAGGUACCGUACUUUAUUUAUACUCGAAAUUUACAACAGUUCUGUGUAUAGAUUAAAUGUAUAUGCAAAUCGGAUGGAAGCGACUAUAGCACAAGUUAUUUUCAAAAAGUAUGAAAAUAUACAUCGAGUAGAUAUGUGAUUGAUAUAAUCUGGAUCGUAAUAGGAAAUGCGUGAGCGACGUUUAUACCGAAUGACAUGUGCUGAUGAUUUAGAAAACAUGUAGCAUUUUUCUGUACUGUGAUAUAGGAUAUAAAAAGGAACGAGACGAUAGUAAAUACUACACUAAGAAGGGAGCUUGGGAUGGCAAUAAUUAAUUUUUCGGUAAAUCGCACAACAAGAAGCGUGGCUCGGUACAUUUUUUGGAACUAUACAAUUUAGAUUUUUUAUAUCGUAUCUAAUUCUUUUUAUGAACAGUCUAUUUAUUUGAUGUUAUUUUAGUCUUAUUUAUGUUUGUAUCGAAUUUACAAUCAACUUUUACUUGAUUGUUUCAACUUGUUAAUGAUACAUAUCAUGGGGGAAAAAAAAGAAAGAUAUAAUUUUGAUACCCGUUCCUUUUCUUGUUUUAUACUCAUUAAACAAAACUAGGAGAAUACUAGACUAGAUUCCACAGUCAUCGAGUACAUUAACUACUUUCCUUGUGUAAAUCAAUUAUUGUUGAAACGCUUCUUUCGAUUUGCCUACGUUCACAUUGGCAGAGACAAUGUGAUUUGCACUCAUAUAACAUACUAUAUGUCCGAGAAAGAUAUUACGUAUAUAAUUGUUGCCAAUUACAAGAUAAGCGAAAAUUCUCUUGUCUACCAUGCACCUUCAGUUAUUCAUCUUGUUAAUCGUCUUAUCGAAUUUCUCUCCAUUCACCAUUGAUAUAUUUUUUUUACUGCUCAAUGUAUAAUUCUUUUACGAAUGUGUCAUGUGAAUGAAUGUUACGAAUACAGUGAGGAGACACGUAUGUAAAAUUGGAGCGUAAAACGCUGUAAUAUGUUGCCACGCGAUUUUCACGAUAUACGUAAGAGAAGAGAGAACAAUUUUAUCGAUGGAAAAUCUUGAAUGUUCCGAUGGUCAGUGCUCACUGGCAGAAUCAGGAGGAUAUAACGUAAUGGUGCGACGAGAGAUGAAAUUUUAACGGGAGUCGUUGAGACAAAUUCGUCCGGUAAUUACUAAAUGGCGAUAAGUAUCAUGUAAUUUUAUUCGAGAGGAGACGAGACAAAAGUUCGCAUCGAGUAUACCUCUGUGGCAGCCAUUGCGCGAUAUCGUUCCUUUUUUCUUUUCGUAUAAAGAGCGAUGGUGUGAAUACGAGGUUUUGUGACUCUGCCUGAUAUAGAAUUAUUUUUUUAUACCGUUUCGUUGAUAUAUUAAGUGCGUAUAAUAUAAGGUGUAUAAUAAGAGUCUUCGAAAUGUACAGAAAAGGGAAUGAUCUCACUUUUAAUCUUGUAUGCUUCAUGCUCAUUGUAAAUAUGACAUGGACGUGUAAUAAUUUGCAGCAUAGAGAAAUCGAUUAUAGAUUGUACUGUAGAAUUAUAGCUACAAUGGAUUCCAAGUUUUAUGCGAUACUAGUUGGUCAAUUUGUACGCUAUUUUAAAGAAAUCAAUUUGAAAGAGAAAUAGAUUAAAUGCUUGCGUUGAGUCGCUAAGAAAUUUGCGGUACGCUGAAUGACAGUUACAGCCAUCAGGUAUUAUAAUAGCUGCAGGAAUCGUGUAGUAUUCGUGUAGUGACCUUUUUUUAAAUAUUUUGUUAAUUUAUUCCUAUUCGGGGAAAUCGUUUCGUUACGUGUUAUAUAUUUAUGCAUAAUUAUGAAUCCUAUUGUAUUUUAUAUUUGCGUGAAAGAAUUUUCGUGUGCGUAACGGCGUCCUAUGGCAAGUAGCUUUUAAUUCGUUCAAUCAGAAAUAUUUAACGUUCACGUGUGGUACGUCGCCGCGUAAGAUGCACCACGCGAGGUCCAGCGUGCUAAAUGCCUAAUGAGUUUUAUGCGCACCCAAUCUGCUCUGGCAUUCGAAAUGAUGGAUGAACACAAUUUAUCUUGCUGAAACACAAUGUUCAAAGCGGAGGAAAAACUGUAAAUGAGAAUUCGUAUAUAUGUAUAUGUAAGAUGAUUUUACCGUAAUAACAAACAAGAGAAAUUGUAAUGUAUAAAUCAUCGAUGGAAUCGUGUCUAAAUGAGUAUUUCAUAAAUUAAUUUGAUACACGUGUACAAUAGGUAUAAUCUUUUUUAUAUAUUGUACAAUGAAGGAAUAAAAGGAAAGAUUAAUUCAUGCAA